AUGAUUUCAUAUUUAUAUAUAUUUCUUUUGAUUAUAACUAUUUAUACUUCAUACACUCUUGCUGUUAUUCCUGAUAGCAAAUGUCCAGAAGAAGAUGCCCUUCGAAAGUGUCUUAAUCAAUUAGCAUUUGUUCGUCCGACAGAUGUAUUAGACGUUCAAAAGGUUAUUAAAUGCGCAGCAAAAUUACAUUUUCCUAUUGUAGCAAGAUCAGGUGGUCAUUCUUAUGAAGGUUAUGGGAUUGGAGAUAAAGAUUGUUAUUUAGUUGUUGAUCUUGUAACCUUGAAUAAAACCACUAUUGAUAUAACCUCACAAACUGCUGUAAUUGGAACUGGAAAUGUACUAGAAUCAUUAUAUUACAAUGUGAACCAACAUAUAUUUGCAUUUCCAGCUGGAACUUGUCCUUAUGUUGGAGUGGGUGGACUUAUGUUAGGUGGUGGUAUGGGAUAUCUUAAUCGAAAAUUUGGACUAUCAUCAGAUAAUAUUCUUGAUGCACAAAUUGUUUUAGCAAAUGGGACAAUAGUUCACAGUGCCAGAAAACAUCCUGAACUUUACUGGGCUAUUCGAGGUGCAGGAAAUGCUGGCUAUGGAAUUGUUACAACUUUAACUCUCAAGAUACAUCCUAUUCAGAAGAUUGUAACUUCUAUGUUCCUUGAUUACGAUUUUGAUCAGACUCCAUUAUUACUCUCAGUAAUGAAUAAAUUGGGAAAUAAUCUUCAUCGAAAUUUAACUAUCUUAUUCAACAUUGAUUCCAAUUCAACUCACAUUCAUGGGAUUUAUUUAGGAUCUACAAGUGAAUUGCAAUCUCAUAUGCAAGAAUUUAUUAAAUUAUCUAAACCUAACAAUGUAACAUAUUCUGAAAAUGAUUUGUAUAAUUCACUUACUAAAGGCACGGAAGGAUCUAAAAUAAAAGAUUCUUAUAAAGUAAAAUCUUACUUUAUUGAUUCGAAAGGAUUGUCUGAUGAAGGAAUUAAAUCUUUAAUGUCAUUUAUAAAAAAUUUUGAAUGUGAAAUAUAUUCUGUUAUGCUAUUGAUCGGUGGUGGAAAAGUUAAUGAAAUUAAGCGAAAAGAAACUGCAUUUGUUCAUAGAGGUUUUUUGUAUCAUAUGGAAGUGAAAGUAACAGCACCUACUGAAAUGUGUUUACAAAAGUUAGAUAGUUUUUCUCAACAAUUUCAACGAAAUUAUACUCAUUAUGAAAGUUAUCAAAAUUUAGCUGAUAGACAAUUAAAUAAUUGGCAACAUAGGUACUUUGGUGAAAACUUCAAAAAACUAGUGACAAUCAAGCGAAAAUAUGAUCCUCAUAAUUUAUUUCAUUGGAAUCAAAUGAUUUCAUUGGCGGAGAAGUGGCUUCACGAAUAUCCUAUAAAACCUGAAAUCGAAUACAAAAACCUGACUACUGGCACAUAUCAUUAUAUAAUUCUUUCUGAAGGACACUAUCCUCCAUCACCUAUUCUUGCUAAAAGUCAAAAAAAAAAUAAUAAUUGUUAUCGAAUACCCGAUAAAUACAAGGCUAAAGUUAGUUGGGGAAAAAAAAGUAAAUGGCGAGAAAUUAUAUGUUCCAUUGAUUAUAAAAAUCAAGAUAAUGAUAAAGAAGAUAAUCCAACAAAUAAAAAACCUUGUUUUAAAAUUGAAUUUAAUAAUGGAUUACAAGUAGUAGAAUCUUGGAAAAGUGCAACGGAUGCAGCAAAUAUAUAUUCUCAGAUAUAUAAUCCAAAAGGAACUUCAAUAUUAUCAGGCACUAUAGUCUUUGGACUACAACUUAAAUGCGUUGAACAUAAUAGAGAUCUUUAUCAUCAGGCACGAGUUUUUAAACCAAUUGAGACUUAUAGUAAUCCUACAAAAAGAGCCCGACUUGAACAAAUCA